ACUGAACAGUACAAAGGCAGUAUACAGCAGGGUGUUGCCAAUGUCAACAGAAACACUUUACAAACAUCGUAUUCACCAAACUGGUUGGGGAGCUACGGUGUCAUAGUCCCAUGCAUUGGGUGACUUUGGCUGCGGCAGCUAACUAAAGUCUUUCUCAGAGGCAGACCAAGGCAGAAAGCAGCUAUACUUACUCCAAUGAAAUGUCUCCAAUCAAAGACCUGGCGCUCAUUUAUGAGGCUCCCAACGAAGCAGCAAUCUUUUCUGGCGGGGAAAUAGUGACAGGAUCAGUUUCUUUCACUUUGACGAAAGACACCAAAGUGAAGAGCUUUAAGGUAAAAGUCAAAGGUGAAGCGCGUGUGCACUGGACCGACAAUACAGGUGAUAAAAGAAGAUCCCACAAUGCACACAGGAAAUAUUUUAAGGACAAGGAAUACUUGAUUGCAGAGAAUCCUAAAGACACUGAACUUUCCAAAGGUGUUCAUUCCUAUAAAUUCAAGCUCAAAAUCCCAGAGGGAGACUGGCCAUCAGCCUUCAGUGGCUUUCAUGGAAAGAUUAUAUACACCCUUGAAGCAUGGAUCUCCAGGAGCUGGCGAAUGCCUACAUAUGUGCAAAAAGAGCUCAAAUUUGUUACAAAGUACUUUCCAGUGCCUGACCAAAUUAUGUGUCCUCGGACUGGUUCAGUUUCCAAAGAGAUGUCCAAAGGAGAUGUCCAAAUGUCUGCCACUGUUGACAGGAGAUCAUGCUUUCCAGGUGAAACUUUGUCCAUAACUGCCCAUAUCAGCAACAUGUCUUCUAAAAAUGUUGCUCCCAAAGUCAGCAUACAGGAGAGAAUACAUUAUCACGCCAUCACCAGCUCAAAACACAGUGACCUCAGUGUGAGCAAAGUGGUCGGGAACACCAUCAAGCCAAACUCUGUGGAAAAUGUCUCCUGUCAGUUGAAGGUUCCUGAAAAGGCAUACUCUGUCCAUAACUGUGAAAUAAUCUCUGUCCAGUAUUACGUUAAGGUAUAUUUGGACAUCAGCUUUACCAUUGACCCAGCAGUGACAUUUCCACUGGUUAUUGUUCCUGCUGGUGUGGCCGGUCACACCGUUGGUCCCCACCCAGCUGGUGCUGUGGGUGCCCCAAGCUACAGUGACUUCCCCACCCCUGCAGCUCCUGCUUUACCUGCAGCCACAGGCCCUUAUGGAUAUCCAACACUAGAUCCGAUGCAACAUGGAGCCAUGACCAGUGGCUACAAUAACGCAUAUCCACAGUCAGUUGCUUCAUACGGCUUUUCAUCAGCGGUUUACCCUCCAUCUGUAGUGCAGCCUCAAGCACCAUAUGCUCCACCUUUGUUUCAACAUGAACAACAACCUCCAUCUUACAUCUCCAUGUUCCAACCCCCCAGCAGCAACAAGUCAGAUGAGCAUUAAGUUUGUGGGUUGUUUUCAAUUCUUACGUCUUUUUAUCCUCCUGAAGGACUGCACUAGAAGCAAGAACAUUUGAAAAGCAUUCCUGGGCUACUCUAUUACUUUCCUAAUAUAAUAGCUUUGUUUUAUAACUUAAGCAACACUAAAGUUGGUACAAAGGUUUAGAUCAGUGACAUAACCUUGAUUCUCAUGGAAAGUUUCCAAUAUAAUUUUUGUCCCAUGAUACAUAACUGUUGAAAGUGAGUGUAAAUUAUGGCAUAUAAUUAUGUAUACGUACCAUAUUGUGUACCUUCAAGGCAGGCUUUUAGAGAAGGUCACUUGUGUGCCUUGUGUGUGACAGGAAGAAAAGCUCCUUUGGGAGAAGUCAUGUGAUACCACCUGGUGGUUUGCAUGUGUAACUAGACUCCAAGUAGACAAUUCGUAAUUUUUCGAGUGAAAUUAUAUUGGGGUCAAUAUGGUGUUUGCAUGUCUUAACAGGCCUCCUGAGUGCAUGUUGAUGUUGAGAUGGAAACUAAAAACACAGAGUGAACAUA